GUAGCAAGUUGUAAUUCGCGAAUCGCGUUGCGUUCGGGAAAUUUAAACCAAAAAAUAAUCUAGCUGAGAAGCAACAGCUAAGAAUUAAGCUUUUGUUUUGAAACCCGUGACACUGUUUUUUGAUCGAAGACGCCAUCCGCCGCUGAACACACCGUGUUCUCGAUGCAUAUCCGUGCAAAUGUGCGGCACCGUAUGCGUGUUUAGCAUGAAGUUCAACUAUCAUUACACCUGGAACCGCGAAAUCGUGUUCAAUUCGCAGAAACUAGUGAAAAGACGUUGAGAUCGAUAUUUCUUUUCAAUUUGGAUUUUUCGUCGUCGACCACAAGCAAUAAUUAUAAAAGAAUACUAGACGUUUUUUUUAUUUAAGAAAUAAGACUGCGUAGAAUAGGAAGUUAUCUUUUUCUUUUUUUGUACCAACACUAGAUAGAGAUUAUUAAUAACAAUCAUAAUAGGUAAAGACCUUAUUUUUUGAGACUCUUGGGUUUUGUUGAAUCGAAAUUAAUAAGAAAACGAAAGGGAAAGACGACCUUCGAUUUGUAAAGUGAAGAUAUGGCUGCUGCGUGUUAUGAGUCUAGCUUCCCAUGGUUGGAAGAUCAGAUCGGUUUUACAACCAUAGAACAAAAAUACGCAACAGAAGACUUACUACAAGAGUUCGAAAAUGUAUUGGAAGCGGUAAAUCCAGGAGCGUUAACACCACCGCAAAGCCCCCCACGCGAACCACAACCACCACCAAUCCUAACCACCCUCGAGCCAAUAACUGUCGGCCAAAUCUACCCGGUUUAUACGACCACAGCUCAAAAACUCGAUGAUUGUCCAAAAACUCCUCAAACUAUCGCACACGAAUUGGCAGUUGUUGAUGAAUUAGUUCGAGCGAGAGCAAAUGAUAUUUUGUGUGAAUCACCGCCAUCUCCGAGUACAAGUAAUUCAGGAAGUUUCGAUGAUUCUUCGUCGUCGUCUGAAGAUCCGGAGUGGAUUCCGGAAACUGUAAUCGAAUCGGAAAAGUCGUCCGCUAGACGCAGAUAUAAGCCGUAUAAAAUUUCACCGGUUGAUAAGAAAAAUCGGAAAAAGGAGCAAAAUAAAAACGCGGCGACUAGGUAUCGAUUGAAGAAGAAGGCGGAGGUUGAGGAGAUUUUGAAUGAGGAGAAGGGCGUGUUAAAGGAAAACGAAGAUUUGACGAGUAAAAUCAGCGAUCUUCAAAGGGAAAUUCGCUACUUAAAGGGGCUUAUGCGCGACCUUUUCAAAGCUAAAGGAAUUAUUCAAUAAGAAAAGAAAUAUGAUUUAAAAUAAAUUAGAUUUAAUUUGUUUCUUUUUAUGUUAAGGUGAUAUAUUACAAAUUAAGUCACACUGCUUCAAUGUUUGUUUCAAUAUAUUGGUAGCUUUAGGGAAGCUGUUAUUUUAAUCAAUUUACUUAGUAAGUAUAUGCUUAUAAAGUGCUUUCAUUAAAAAAAUAUGUUUUUAAAAUGGAUGACGCCCAAGGCUGAUGAUUUUUAAGAACACAUUUUUUAAAGCACUAUUUCUUUAAACUCUUUCAUCUUUCUUUUUUCAAUGCCACAUGUAGUUGUAACAUUUACAUUUUUAUUUUACUAAUAAAGUUUAUGAAUUAUG